CAGACCCUCAUAUGCCAAGCACUCUGCUACUGGGCAUACGUGAGCUUGGCAUGGGUGCCGCUGCGCAGGGUUGGUUAUGGAUUGGAAUGGGCUGUCGGAUAGCAAUUGAUCUGGGCAUGAAUCGAGACGCUGACAAGUGGAAGGAUGACCGAGGGAACGACAUCUUUACUCCCGUAGAGAAGCAAAUUCGAAGGCAGAUUUGGUCGUCGUGCUGCAUCGCGGACAAACUUUCUGCAAUAUGGCUUGGUCGGCCGGUAAUGUACAGGAAGGGCGACUUUGAUACGCCUCAUCCCGAUCCCGAUCUUAACGAGGAUCAAGAGCUCUGGAGGCCAUAUCCGCGCGAUUCACUGGGCCCCAAUUUCGUGCCCAUGCCGGGAUAUGUGAUGACCUGCUUCCGUGCUCAAUGCAAGCUUUCAUUCGUUAUGAGUGAGAUAAUGUCGAAAAUAUACCCCGUGAAGUGGUACACGGACAGUCCUCGUCGGCAGCUCCUCGACCAGCUCGAAUCCGCUCUGCAUACCUGGAUGAUUGAGCUACCAGAUGAACUGCGUUACCACGAAAACGGUAAUCGCGCACCGUCUCCUCCCCACGUGCUUGUCCUUCACGCGGAGUACUACGCAGCGUUGCUGUUGCUCUAUCGAGCAUUCCUCCCAGUUCGGAACGACGAUCAAGACCAGGAUCACAUCCACGCAAAAUGCUUCGACGUAUGCCGAGGCGCGGCUGCGAAAGUCAGCUCGAUCAUCACUACAUUCCACGAGAUUUUUGGUCUGAAAAGCUGUCCGCCAUUUGUCGUCACAUACCUACAGAGUGCUGGGAUUAUGCAUGUUGUUACCCUCAACCGCCAGCCUAGGGAUACACAAGCUACAAUCGGCCUGUUGCAGUGCAUUCAUGCUCUCGAAGAACUCCAAGAGGUCUGGCCAACCGCACUUCGGAUCAGAAAUCUGCUUAAAGGAGCGAAGGUGCAAAUGAACGAUCUUACCGCUCUCAGUGAAACUGCUGGUAGGCCUAAGCGCAGAGCAGAGGAAGCCCUUGGCGUUGAAGCACCUCAAGAACUGCUCGUGUCUCAAGCCUAUCACAAUGCGCAAUCGUUCCCAGAUAACAGUGGUGCAAGUGGAAGCAUGUCCUCGGGACUAGGUUCCUAUGGCAUGGCGAACGCAAGCCCUGGUCUGUCUUACGUCCCAAGCUACGAGUGGUGGCCACCGCUCAUCGGUCCUGGGAUAGGCCAAGGCUACCCAGCCGAGUACACGCAAUACCAGACCGGCCACGUCGUCUCGCCGUACACCGGCCUGCCCAACUCGGUCAUCGGCUUUGAUGCCGAGCAGCUUCCACCAGACUUCAUGCUGCAGCAGGCCGACCCCAAUCUACAACAGUCCAACAUGUCUCCUUACCCGCCGCGCAGCGACCCGCGCCACCCGCAUGAUCCACGGUAAUACUCACGUCACUCUCUUGCAGUGUGAUUUUGAUACUCUUCGGGCCAGGGCUUCACUGCCUUCGCAGGAUAUCUUCGCUUUCUGAAUGUUGUAAUAGGAUUCUUGAGUUUCAUUCUAGGUAGUCUCUCUUCGGUAUCCUCGUUGACCUCUUCUUGCUUUUGUACCAUCAAGGACGCGCACACGUAGGGAAACUGAAUAUAAUAACAGUACCAGUCCUCCAAGCUAAGAGUGGUUAUGAUCUACAGAGAUGGGUCAUAAGAUGCGUGGUGAUGGGAUCGUUAUAGCCGUCGAGCUCUACGCUUGGCCCUAUACCGU